AUGGCCGCUGUCGUCACGACGUUCCUGGAGUGCAGACCGUGCGCCCUCACCAGACCGAGCGCCCUGACCAUGACUGACUUCAGGAGAACCAAGACACAAGAUCCCUCUGACCAACCCCACACUCCCGCAUUACAACUACCACACUCCCGUAUCCCAACUACCACACUCCCGGAUCCCAACCACCACACUCCCGUAUCCCAACCACCACACUCCCGUAUCACAACUACCACACUCCCGUAUCACAACCACCACACUCCCGUAUCCCAACUACCACACUCCCGUAUCCCAACUACCACACUCCCGUAUCACAACUACCACACUCCCGUAUCCCAACUACAACACUCCCGUAUCCCAACUACCACACUCCCGUAUCCCAACUACCUCAACUACCACACUCCCGUAUCACAACUACCACACUCCCGUAUCCCAACUAACAUAACCAUAACUCAAAAAGCGUUUAAUGGCCAAAAGAGACGCUAG